GAGUUGUGUAUCUGUAUCUGUCCAUGUACUCUCCCCAAGAUGACCGCUGCUGGACCUUCUAGGGUGACCAUUCGGACCGCAAGACCUGAGGAUAUCCCUGCGGUCCAUGAGAUAUACUCUGAGAGCGUGAGGAACGGCACUGGGACGUUUGCAGAGGAUGUUCCGACAUUUGAGGAGAUGACAGAGAUAGUCAGAGAUAUCCAAAAUUCGAAAUGGCCUUUCAUCGUCGCCGAGCUUCCUCAUGUCGCUGAAUCCCGUGAGGAUGGUUCGACUCCUGGAGACACUCUUGUCAUUGUGGGCUACGCCUACGUCGCGCAAUUCCGGAUGAGAUCUGCUUAUCGGUAUUGCUGCGAGGACUCUGUCUACAUCUCUCCCUCAGCUCGAGGACAAGGCGUCGGAGCGUCUUUGAUGGACAGACUCAUACACGAAGCGAAGGCAUGUGGCUUCCUGUCUAUACUUGCUGUCAUUGGAGACUCAAGGAACCAGGGAUCGAUUCAGCUUCAUCGGAAAUUUGGCUUUCGGGAUGUUGGGGUGUUCAAGGAGGUCGGGCUCAAGUUUGGUCAGUGGUUAGAUGUCGUCAUGAUGCAGCUGGACGUGCAAGGCUCGGAAGAGAAGAAGCAAGAACUGAGACAGAGCGCUUAACGGAGACGCGUGGAGUGGCGAUAGCAGACAUUGAGCUUAGAUAGGGCAACACAUAGACAACU